AGUAACCUCUCAUCACUCUCAAGGAAGCAGAGGCACCUCCACCAUGUCUGGAAACAGCUGUUCUGGGAAAUGCCCCUCUGUGCCAGCCAUCUCUCUCUGCUCCACUGACGUGAGCUGCGGAGGGCCUGUCUGCCUGUCCAGUUCCUGCCGGAGCCAGAAGUGGCAACUGGUGACUUGUCAAGAUAGCUGCGGAUCAUCUAGCUAUGGCUCCCAACACUGUCAGCCCUCCUGUCUCGUGAGCAGCUGUGCCCAACCUGUGUGCUAUGAGGCCACCAUCUGUCAGCCCUCCUGUCCUGUGACCAGCUGUGCCCAACCUGUAUGCUGCGAGGCCACCAUCUGUGAGCCCUCCUGUCCUGUGACCAGCUGUGCCCAACCUGUGUGCUAUAAGGCCACCAUCUGUGAGCCCACCUGUCCUGUGACCAGCUGUGUCCAACCUGUGUGUUAUGAGGCCACCAUCUGUCAGCCCUCCUGUUCUGUGACCAGCUGUGCCCAACCUGUGUGCUAUGAGGCCACCAUCUGUCAGCCCUCCUGUUCUGUGACCAGCUGUGCCCAACCUGUGUGCUAUGAGGCCACCAUCUGUCAGCCCUCCUGUUCUGUGACCAGCUGUGCCCAACCUGUGAGCUGUGAGGCCACCAUCUGUGAGCCCUCCUGUCCUGUGAGCAGCUGUGCCCAACCUGUGUGCCAUGAGGCCACUAUCUGUGAGCCCUCCUGUCCUGUGAGCAAUUGUGCCCAGCCUGUGAGCUGUGAGGCCACUAUCUGUGAGCCUUCCUGCUCUGUGAGCAGCUAUGCCCAACCUGUGAGCUGUGAGACCCCUUCCUGCCAACCAGUCCUCUGUGUACCCACUCCCUGCCAGCCCAUUGUAUGCAAACCCAGCUGUUGCCAACCAGUGGUCUGUGAGCCCACUGGCUGUCAGCCAGCGUGCCCCACACCUAGCUGCUGUCCAUCUGUCUGCUCUGUGGCUAACAGCUGCCAGGAGCAAUCUUGCUCGGAGCCCAGCAUCUGCCAGCCAGCUACCUGUGUGGCUCUGGUCUGUAAGCCUGUCUGCCUCCGCCCUGUCUGCUGUGUUCCAAGCCCUUGUGAGCCACCUUGUGUCUCCAGCACUCGCCAAGAGCCCUCUUGCUGCAUCUCCAGCAUCUGCCAACCCAUGUCCUCUGAGCCCAGGCCCUGCUCGCCAAGUGUCUCUGUGUCCAGUUCAUGUCAACCUACCCACUACAUAGUCAAGCGCUCUCGGUCUGUCUGCUGUGAGCCCGUUUCCUGCCCAUCUACCUCCUGCCAACCUCUCUGCUGCCGCCUGGGAUCUUCUGCAUCUGCCAUCUGCCAACCAAGUUGCUCUCAGACUUUCUACAUACCCAGCUCCAGCAAACAGCCUUGUACUACUUCAAUUUCCUACCGCCCGAUUUGCCGCCCAAUCUGCUCUGGACCCAUCACCUACAGGCAGCCGUAUGUGACAUCUAUAUCCUACCGUCCUGCCUGCUACCGCCCAUAUUACUCCAUCCUGCGCCGCCCCGCCUAUGUCACUUCUGUUUCCUACCGCCCAGUCUGCUCCCACCUGCCUUGUGCCGACCCCUGUAAACGGGAUUGUAGAAAGUCCACUUCCAGCCAACCGGAUUGUGCUGACUUAACAUCCCGCAAAGGGGAGGUCUCAGAGAAGAGUCCCUGCCAGCCCACUGAGGCCAAACCCACCAGCCCAACCACCCGUGAGGCCACAGCCAGGCAGCCUGCUGCCACCAAACCUGCCAACUGAUAAAUUGGUCUCAGCUCACCAGGUUCUGCAAAGCAAGCCACUAGCUAGAGAGAAAACUUGAUUGUCUUCCCCAAAGCUCAUUAUGACUUAGCUAGAAUCUUUUGCCAUCUGCACCAUCACUUGUCAUUUGCUUAUGCUUCAAAGAACUCAUCAGAAAUGUCAGUAUCCUAGUGGUACAAACGAAGGCCUCCUGGGCACUGAGAGGGGGAUAUUCUGGUUCCUGUCUGCUGCUGCCACCAACUGAGAAGAGCUACUUUGUCACAUCAUCCCAAGUGUCUUUCCUGGCAUAAAUUUUUUUCUGUCCUCAUGCAUGUCCUCUUGCUGGGUGUGCUCAUGUUUCUUGGGGAUCUCUUCAAUGUGAUAAAGAUAUUUAACUGUCCAAUAAACGUGGCUAAGUUGAAGUGA